AUGAAAGCUUUGCAUAUACUUUGCGCAUCAGCAGCCGUACUCGCUCAAGCGCAAGCAAUAUGGCCAUUUGAUUCAGGUAGUUCAUCGUCUACCAACAGCGACUCGACAGAGACUAGUCAACCGUCGGAUGAUGGAGAGUCAUGGUUUCAGUCAGUAGUGGGCAACUUUGGUGGAGAUGGAAGUGAAUCAAGUAGCACAGAAGGAGCUGCCUCAACAGAUGAUUCUAAUCCUUAUGCGCCGUUCAAUACCACGUGUCCGUCGGGAUCUUUGACACGAGAUGCAAACGACAUUUCGGAUCUAGAAAAGAACUAUAUUCAGAAAAGGCAAGAAAUCACAAACAAAAACUUGAUUGACUUUCUUCAAAAAAAGUCAAAUUUGACUGAUUUCGAUGCUGAAUCAUUUAUAAAUGACAAUGCCAAAGAUCACAAUAUCACUAUAGGGUUAGCAUUUAGUGGUGGUGGCUAUCGAGCUAUGCUUUGUGGAGCAGGUCAACUUUUAGCUACUGAUGAUAGAUUCGAAGAUGCCAAUGAACAUGGUGUUGGCGGCUUACUUCAAUCAGCAACAUACAUCACCGGUCUUUCGGGUGGAAACUGGCUUGUUGGUAGCUUGGUAAUGAAUAACUGGCUUUCUGUCGCAGAAAUAGUCAAUGGGAGUUCAUCGAUCUGGCAACUUGAAGACUCGAUAUUGAACCCUAGUGGUAUUCGUAUUGACAAGACAAUAGCAUACUAUUAUGGCCUACGAGAAGCGGUUUUAGCAAAGGAAGAAGCCGGAUUCGAUACCACUAUUACUGAUAUUUGGGGCAGAGCCUUGUCGUAUCAAUUUUUUCCCGAUGAAAGUGGUGGAGAAAAUAUAACAUGGUCAAGUGUUCGGAACAUGUCUCAUUUUGAAGACCACACGAUGCCUUACUUUAUGGUUGUUAGUAAUGCAAGAAAGCCAGGUGACUUAAUCAUCAAUGAAAACAGUACCGUCAUUGAGGUUUCUCCGUAUGAGUUGGGCCUGUGGGAUCCAUCACUCAAUGCAUUUGCCGAUGUAGAAUAUUUGGGAUCAUCGGUGCACUCGGGGAAUCCAAAUGACACAAAUAUAUGUGUGCGUAAUUUCGACAAUGCUGGGUUCAUUAUGGGUACAUCAUCAUCCUUAUUCAAUCAAGUUUUGCUUCAGUUGGGAAACUACGAUAUCAAUAGUGUUAUUAAAUCAAUCUUGACUGGGUUGUUGUCUCGUUUGAGUUAUGCUGAAUGGGAUAUUGCUUCGUAUGAACCAAAUCCAUUCUUUGGACAAGAGAGUGGGGAAUCUGUUGCUAUGAUCAAGAAUGAAACGUUAUAUUUGGUUGAUGGAGGUGAAGAUUUGCAAAAUGUCCCAUUUUACCCGUUGAUUCAAAACACUCGUGAUGUUGAUGUAAUCUUUGCAUUUGACAAUUCAGCUGAUACUGAUGAAAGCUGGCCCAAUGCAACAUCAAUCAUUCUGACUUACAAAAGACAGUUUGCUCAGCAAGGUAAAGGAACACCUUUCCCCUUUGUCCCCGAUGUUGAAACAUUUCUUGACGAAGACUUGUCAUCGAAACCAGUGUUUUUUGGAUGCAAUGCUUCCGAUUUGGAUGCACUAAUCACUUGGCAUAACAACAGUGAUGUAAAUGCCACUGACGUGCCGUUAGUUGUUUACGUGUCGAAUCAUCAUGAAUCUUACUACUCAAACUUUUCCACUUUCAAAUUGUCGUAUGAGAAUGCCGAAAAGUAUGGCGCCAUUAGGAAUGGAUUUGAAGUCAUGUCAAGAAACAAUUUAACCGAUGAUGACAAGUGGUUGACAUGUGUGGGAUGCGCCAUCAUACGAAGACAACAAGAAAGAUUUGGCCAAGAGCAAAGUGAUGAAUGUAAACAAUGUUUUAAGGAGUAUUGCUGGAAUGGAGGAGUUAAAGAGGCUGCUGCUGUGAGUAGUGCUAGUGGAUUGAGCGAAAUCACUGGACUUAGAACUUCAUCCGCUCAUUCAACAUCUUCUUCAACAGCAACAUCAUCACCUGCAUCAUCAGAAACAACCUCUAAGACAUCGUCAUCAUCAGAUAAUGAAUCCACAUCUUCCGAGAACUCCUCUUCUUCAAAACAGAACGAUGGAGUGAUCAAUAAAGGACAGCCGUCAUUUUUCUUCUUAUUAGGUAAUUUAUUAUUAGCUAUAUUGGCUAACUGA